GUUCUUUUCAUGUUGGAGAGCUGCAUACAGAAGAGCGCGAACCACAUAUUCCUCCCCGUUCUUUUUUUUUUACUUCAAUUAUUGAUUAUCUUUUUCCAGGGUGAUUUCAUUUGUUUUCUUCUCCCACUGAUCAAGCCCAGGGACAAGGUGCUGCCACUUCCCACCAUUUUAAAAGCCGAAGCAGAGAGCUCUGCUACCCCCAUUCACGAUUAAGCUUCAGAUUCAACAGCAGCAGUCGAAACAGAGAGACUGAGAGAGUAUAUUAACUUAUACAUUCCUUCAGCUCUCUCCUUGUUCCUUUUCCUCAUUUCCCCUGAUAAGAACCCAUUUCUUCCUGUCUGCAACUUUACCCACACUCUAAAAGGCACCAACUUUUCUAAAACCCAGCUCCCAUUUCUCGAGCUCCUCUGGUUUUUGUAUUCUGCAAUUUAGCUCCUCUCUGUUUUUGGGGGCUGGUUGUUGAUUCCUCGUCUUGAACGAAGCUGUUUGCAACAAGAGGGGAACAAAAAGGGACGGUGAGCUCUAUGGGGAUGCCAAUUUUUUUUUUGAUGCAGACGGUGUAAGGAAACCCUAGGGAUUUCUUGUUAUUUUCUUGUCUGUAUUCCAAGCCAGCAGAUCCUUUUAUCCACCAAAAAAACGAGGAAAAGAAAACCAUUGGUACCCAUAUAGACGGCCAUUGUUGGGAAUCUUUUGAAAGAAAAAGAGGAGAGAAAGAAAAAGAAAAAAAAAAAUGGACUUGAACUUGAAGUCAUUUGAUGCCAAAUUAUUAAUGGGUGCUUCGUCUGAGUUAGCUCCAAGAAGAACCGGACAUUCCGCCACCACCAUUUCUUCUGGCGUUAGAUUCUCCUCCUCCAUCGUCAUUUCCAGUCGCACAGGAAGUACAAUUGUCGGUUCGGCUGGGUGGGAAGAAAUGGCGACCACGGCGCCGCGGAGCUACUUCUUCGACAUGAGGGAUGUUUCGAGGAGUGUGUUCAAGAAGAGUGACGAAGUUCUUGUUGCUUGUGAUGACGAGUAUGGCGGAGUUGUUGUUGAUCCAGACUUGCUUCCGGCCAACCAGGACGUUUUCGCCUCUUUGCUCCAUUCGUCGCUCUCUCAUUGGAAACUCAAGGGGAAGAAGGGGAUUUGGCUGAAAUUACCGCUUGAAAGAUCUCAACUUGUUCCAAUCGCCGUACAGGAGGGUUUCGAGUACCACCAUGCAGAGCCAGGAUAUGUGAUGCUGACUUACUGGAUUCCUCAACGACCUUCCAUGCUGCCAGCCAAUGCUUCUCACCAUGUAGGAGUUGGAGGAUUCGUCGUCAACGAGAACAACGAGGUACCAUUCCUAUGUGGUUACCAGGAUUCGAAUAAUAGAUAUCACAAAUCACCAUCGAUAACAAAUCUGAUUUCGUAUUAAGAACUAGUCCACCUUCCAAUAACCCUGAGUUGUACUGAUAUCAGUGUUUUGUUUUUUUGCAUUCUGAUGAGCAUUGCUCCAUACCAGUCUUGUCCUUUGUGUUUGGCUAAAUCUAUGUGAUCAAUACUUCUCAAGACCUUCACAUAUGGUGGUGAGUUUGCAGAUUCUUGUGGUGCAAGAGAAGUUCUGUACCCCGUCCUUUUCAGGAGUUUGGAAGAUACCAACUGGCUUCAUUCACGAGGCGGAGGAGAUUUACUCAGGAGCAGUAAGAGAAGUCAAGGAAGAAACUGGGGUAAUGCCAAGAAGCCUUUCCCAAUUCAAUAACCCAUUUUUAUCACCUUCCUUCUGUAGCCUGAAAGAGAAUUGCAUUGCUUGUGAUAAUCCAUUAUUUGAUUUCCAAGAAUGUCUCUUCCUUUGGUUUAUGUUUCUGCAGAUCGACACAGCGUUUGUGGAAGUGAUGGCAUUCAGGCAUGCUCAUAACUUGGCAUUCCAGAAAUCCGAUCUCUUCUUCGUGUGCAUGCUGGAACCCUUAUCAUCUCAGAUCAGCAUAGAUGAUGACGAGAUUCAAGCAGCCAGAUGGAUGCCUCUCGAGGACUAUUUGGCGCAGCCACUCAUCAAUGGAGAUAUAAUGUUCAAGAAGAUCCUCGACAUCUGCAUCGCUCGAUUGGGGAAGCGAUACUGUGGACUCACUGCCCAUCAAGUCGUCUCCACGUUCGACGACAGGCAAUCUUGCCUCUACUACAAUGUCGUCGACAUCCAGAAUGGAAAUGACAACUGCAUAGGCCAUUGAAAGAAAAAAUGCAUGCAGCCAUCGUAUGGUCCUUAUCUUAUCUUACAUUAAUUACAUUGUUGUUUAAUUAACCAAUGCUAUAUAAGGUAAAUCUAACGACGAUUUAUGUUGUAAAUUGAGUAACUGGGUUGUGUUUGUCACAUAUGGGAGAAGAAAAACCAUGCUCUGAGGCAAGGCGUACAUAACUUUGUGAUGGAAUAAUGAGCUUGGCACUUGGCAGUUUGCGUCUUAUUUUUCACUAUUUGUAUAGCCAUCAAAGUUCAAACCUGAUGUUUUUAGGAUUGCUGACGAAACCAUGUUUCUGUUGUGUAAACAAAUUCAUUCCUAUCUAUACUAUUAGUGAAAAAGC